UACGCAAGCCGCAUUCCACUCAUUUGGUUUGGUUGGAUCAAUAGUCGCUAUCUUGUUUGCUCGCCGUGCAACGUCACGGUGCCGCUCGACUUACCGUACGGAAGUACCUGUCCACUUUCGCUUCUAUCAUUUUACGUUGUAAUUAUCCGUUGUCCGCCGCAAACAUGGCCCCCUACCGAGACUCCCCGCAGUCAUCUCUCGCGCACAGCCCGAACAGGGAAAGGAGCCAAAGUCCGGCGAGAAUGUCGUACGAGUCAGGGUCUUCGGUUUCCACGACGAGCAUCGUGUUCGACCGCAUCAGCGAGCGCGUCGCCGCCGCCAGCAAAGCCGCUCCCGAGAAGCACCGCCGCGGGGAUAACGGCGAGAGCGACGAUGAGGACCUCAAAGACGAAACGGCGUACGAAGAUCUCGAGACCGGACCCUUCCUCGGGAGCGGCAAUGGCAACCCGACGCAGCAUGCCGAGGUCAAGGGAAAGGGAAUGGACCGGGGACUGCGCAGGGCGCUCCUCAUUGCAGCUGGUCUGCUGGUGUCCGCCUGGGUUGCCGGUCUCUUUGUUUACGUCGCGACCAAGUCCUACAAGCCCGCUUCCGAGAUCGCCCACGACCCCCAGGCCACCAUCGUGCGGGGCUCGGAAAAAGCCAUCACGCUCGACCAAGUCCUGAACAGCUUUUGGCGCCCCGAGGUCCGCUCGAUAGAAUGGAUUGCCGGGCCCGACGGCGAAGAUGGCCUGCUGUUGGAGAGGGGCGAAGGCAAGGAUUUUCUCGUCGUGAAGGAUAUCCGUGCGCAAAACGGGGCCGGCGUUGCUGCCGAUGCCCCAGUGGCCGACUCCAGAACGUUGAUGAAAGAGGCAAGGUUCGAACACGGCCAAAAGGGCUACAGCGUCGGCAAGGUGGUACCGAGCAGGGACCUGCAGAAAGUUCUGGUCGCAACCAAUGAGAAGUCCAAUUGGCGCCAUUCGUCCUACGCAGCGUACUGGAUCUUCGACGUUAAGACGCAGACUGCCGAGCCACUGGUUCCGGGAGAGCCCGACGCCCGUCUUCAGCUGGCGCAGUGGAGCCCAACCAGUGACGCUGUUGCUUUCACCCGAGACAACAACUUGUACCUGCGCAAAGUCGGCUCCGACAGCGUCGUCCAGAUCACCCAGGAUGGUGGCUCCGAGGUGUUCAACGGAGUCCCCGAUUGGGUAUACGAGGAAGAAGUCUUUUCCGGGCCGAGCGCCACCUGGUGGUCCGAGGACGGCAAGUACAUUGCCUUUCUUCGUACAAACGAGACCGGUGUACCCGAAUACCCGGUUCAAUACUUCCUCUCGCGGCCCAGCGGCACGGAACCCGAGCCGGGCGAGGAGCUGUACCCCGAAGUCAGGAAUAUCAAGUAUCCCAAAGCGGGUACCCACAAUCCCGUCGUCGAACUCAAGUUCUACGAUGUGGAACGCGGCGACGUCUUCUCGGUGGAUACCUCGGGCGGCUUCGCGGACGACGACCGGCUGAUCACGGAAGUCGUCUGGGCUGGCGGUCAAGUCCUGGUCAAAGAGACAAACAGAGUCAGCGACGUCAUGCGCGUUGUCCUGGUCGACGUCGCAGCUCGCACGGGCAAAGCUGUCAGGACGACAGACGUCAGGGCCCUCGACGGCGGCUGGUUUGAGAUUACGCAUCAAACCAAGUACAUCCCGGCCGACCCGUCCAAGGGUCGCAGCCACGAUGGCUACAUUGAUCUCAUCAUCCACGGCGAUGGCAACCAUCUCGCCUACUUCACCCCGCUGGACAACCCCGAGCCCGUCAUGCUGACCUCGGGUGACUGGGAAGUGGUCGACUCCCCCUACGCGGUGGACCUGGACAAGAAUGUUGUGUACUUUGUGGCGACCAAGGAGUCGUCGAUCCAGCGCCACGUCUACCAGGUCGGGCUCACCGGGGACGGCCUGGCUCCGGUUUCCGACACGUCUUCCGAAGGCUACUAUGCCGCCUCGUUCUCCAUCGGGGGCGGCUAUGUCCUGUUGACUUACGAAGGUCCUGGAAUCCCCUGGCAGAAGGUCGUCAGCACGCCGAGCAACCCGCGCCGGUACGAGUACGUCGUCGAGGAGAACCAGGAUCUUGCCGAGAGGGCCAAGAAGCACGAACUCCCCAUCAAGAUAUACGGGACCAUCAACGUCGACGGUGUCGAGCUCAACUACAUCGAGAGGAGGCCGCCGCACUUUGACGCGAGCAAGAAGUACCCCGUUCUCUUCUAUCAAUACAGCGGCCCCGGUUCGCAGACGGUCAGCAAGAAGUUCCUCGUCGACUUCCAGUCGUACGUUGCCUCCGGGCUCGGAUACAUCUGCGUCACGGUCGACGGGCGCGGGACGGGCUACAUCGGCCGCAAGAAUCGUGUUCUGAUCCGCGGCAAGCUUGGCCAGUGGGAGUCGCACGACCAAAUCGCCGCGGCCAAAAUCUGGGCCGGGAAGAAGUACGUAGACGAGACGCGGCUGGCCAUCUGGGGGUGGAGCUUUGGCGGCUACAACACGCUCAAGACGCUCGAGCAGGACGGCGGACAGACCUUCCGGUACGGCAUGGCGGUGGCGCCGGUCACGGACUGGCGGUUCUACGACAGUAUCUACACGGAGCGGUACAUGCUCACGCCGCAGGCCAACGAGAAGGGUUACGACGGCAGCGCCAUCAGCAAUAGCACGGCGCUCUCGCAGAACGUGCGGUUCUUGAUCAUGCACGGCGUGGCCGACGACAACGUGCACUUCCAGAACUCUCUCACGCUGCUGGACAAGCUGGACCUGGCUCAGGUCGAAAACUAUGACGUCCACGUGUUUCCGGACAGCGACCACAGCAUUUAUUUUCACGGGGCGAACCGGGUCGUCUAUGAUAGUAAGUUGUCCCCUCCGGACAAAAGUACCAUUGUGGGUUUUGCGCUAACUAACGAUUAUGACAGAACUGACGAACUGGCUCAUCAACGCUUUCAACGGCGAGUGGAUCAAAGUCACGAACCCAACACCGAAGGCCAAAAAGAGGUCGGCCUAAAAGGACCGGUAACACGGUGUGCAAGUUGAGUUGCAUUUUUUUUAUUUU